AGUUUAGAUAGCUGUCUCUUUCGAUCAUCAACAUCGUCAGUUUUUUGAAAAUAUUCUUAGUUUAUCGAGCAAUGGACCAAUGGAGUCACCAAAAUCAUCAGGGCCAUCAAAGUCAGUCUACUUCUACCGGUCCUACACCACAUUCUCACAUGACACAUGUUGUUCCUCAGCAAAAAGAAGAGGUUCAGUACAUGAUGCGUCAAGUAACAGAUAGUGUUAGAUUUGCAAUGUGUGAAGCAAUUGCACACAGACCGGGUCUUUGGGAUUCAACACGAGAAAAAGUGAGCUCGGCAGCACGGAAAAAUCUCUUUGCUGAAGUUGUUGAGGUGAUUAAUCAACAGUUCGUGUUGAGCCCUCCGCUCACAAUCGAAGAAAUCGAAAAGCAUUGGAAAAAUCUGAAAGACACAUACGUGAAAACUCGACGGAAGUUAACAUUUGAUCAUGAUGGAUGCCCUAUACGACCGAAAUGGAAGUUUUUUGAUUCGCUCAUGUUCCUGGACAGUGUGAAUCAAAACGAUUUUGUGAUGAAAAAACGUCCGAUGCAAUUCCAGGGACAGCCGUACGAUUUAUACCAAGGUCCCUCUUCUAAGAAAGAGAAACUAGAAGAAAUGCCAUCUGACGAGUACAUGGAAUUCUGUCGAUCGUUGUACCUCCCAUUGAAAGAAAUAGGAUACAAGGAUCGCAUACACUGGCUGAAGAUCCAAAAGUCCAUCCGUGACAUCGUUUACGAAGCGCAACUGGAAAGUGUUACUAAAGCCGCACCUGAUUUGCAAUAAACAAUUUGUGUUAAAAA